AUGUCUUCCACCAAGGCUUUCAUUGUUGCGGCUCUCAUUGCCUACGUUGAGGCUCGUUUCGGUCAGGAGCAGGUCCCCGUCGCUGCCGUCCAGGCUCUCGGCAGCUUCGGCAACCCCGGCCAGGCCGCCACCCUCGCCGGCUCCAUCCCCAGCGUCCUUUUGGCCGCCGCCAAGGCCUGCGACAAGGUUGCGCUUGCCGACAAGAUCGUCCAGGAGCUCGGCAACGACAAGGCCGUCAUCGACGCCGCCAAGGGCCUCUUGGUUGCUGAGAUGAACUUCAACCCCUUCGCCGUCAAGACCAACAAGAUCUGCGACGACGCCUCCCUCCCGGCCACCGCUGAGCUUCGUGGCGUCAUCCCCAAGGUCGACCCGUCCACCGACGCCUCGGGUACCCAGAACGCCAACGCCGAGAAGUCGCUCACCACCCCCUUUUCCGCUAACGGUCUCAGCAUUGCUGCCAUCACCCAGGCCCAGGGCUUCAACAACUUCACCCUCGGUGACACCGGCACUCUGGCUUCGGGUGGUGCUGCCACCGGUGGUGCUGCCACUGGCGGUGCCGCUACUGGUGGUGCUGCCACGGGUGGCGCUAACCAGAACAACAACACCGGUUCUGGCAACCAGCAGAACACCUGCAACGGCCAGAACAACAACAACAAACAGAACAACAACAACAACAACAACCAGGGCAACAACAACAACAACGGUACCGCCAACACCGGAGGUGCCACUGGCUCGGGUGCCGCCGACUUUGGCUCGUGCACUCCCACCAUGGACCUCAAGGGUGGACGUAACGGUCGCGCCGCCACCGAGCUGACCUUCUUGCCCACCGACGCCAAGGUUGCCCAGGGCCAGCAGGAGGCUCUCAACCCCAACAUCAUCACCAACCGUAUCUGCGACCAGCUGACCAACGUCUGCGAUGCCAGCGCUGCUGGUAAGGCCCUCUGCCUCGAGGCCAAGGCCAAGGUCCAGGCUGCCGGUACCAGGGACCAGUCCACUGUUGAGCUCUGGAACAGCGCUCUCGGCUUUUAA